GCCUGCUGCGAAGCCGGUCAGCCAUGCGGAUCCUGUACCUGCUGGGCGUGUUGCUCCUCUUGUUCCUGAUGCCCGUUCCAGGCUAAGCACUGUGGUGGAACAGCAAGACUACUGGGCUCUCAGGGAUAGGGGAAUGAAGACCCCUGGAGCAGCCCACACCCCACCCACUGUCCAUCCAGGAAGCAUUGCUGAGUGCCCUCCAACAGUCCACAAGAAGGGGCCAGACAGAAGGUGAGGACAGGCACCAUCCAGUGGGGGACGUGACUGCAGGCAGAAGGAAGCAAGAGGAGCUUAUGACUGGCCGAUCUGCUACUGGGCAGGGUCUGCAGGUGCCAGGAGGGGGCCUCACCCUGCCCAGCAGUGCAGCCGGGUGGAGACUGAGGUCAUAACUAUGGGCACAAGACCCCUUCUGCAGGGCAGAACUUCCUCACAGGUGCUGUUGAGGAAGGGGGCUUCAGUCAGCCACAGGAAAGCAGAAACACCCAAGGUUUUAGAUGAAGUCCAGGCACACACAGGGCUGGAGGCACACACAGGGCUGGAGGCACACAGGCUCCUACUAGCACCGGCCUCCAGUCUCCCCUGAGGGAUGCCAUCAGCUGCGUGGAGCUCUCCAGGGAGCCUCUGCAGCUGCUCUAACCCGGAGCUUCUAGAGAUGAAAAUAAACAUCUGAAUUAAAAUAUACUGAGCUGGACAAAUGGUGUGUGACGGUAAGGAUCAGUAAGCCAGCAUCUGUUUUAGCACAAACAAAUGAGAAAGUGAAGCAGAGUGAGAGUAAAAGGAGAGACUGGGAAAACCUUAACAGAGGGCUGAGUGCAAACCUCACCAGCCCAGCCUCGGGCUGUGCUUGGAGUCAGAGGAAGCCAGAGGAGGAGACAGGAAACAAUGGCCUGCUGUUGUCCAGCUCUGGUGAGACUGUGACCCACAAAGGGAGGACUCAAAGAAAUAGGAGCAGAAUGAACAAAGACAGCCACACCAAGCACAUCAGAAUCGGAGUAUUUUAAAUGUGACAAAAAGAACAUCUUACAAACAGCUCGAGAAGACACAUUGCUCAGAGAGAGGAUCAAGCACGCUUCCUACCAGGGUCCACAGGAGCCGUGUGUGGCCCCAGUUCCACACCAGCAGGAGCGCUUCACAAACCAAAGCAAAGACCCCACUAUCUCAGCUACACCCAAAAGACACAGGAAUCCCUCCCGGGAAGUCCUGCACCAGGAAAUGCAGGCGUGGAGGAGAGUCUCUGCAAGAUGGAAGGAGCAGGCUGCCCACAUUCCAGACACCUCAGGAAGGGAGAGAUUGCAGCAGAUACCAUGAAGUGAGCUUUGUACUGCCAAGGGCUUCCUGCCAUGACAUUCCACCUCAAGACAGUCCCCCAAACGAUGGAGCCAUCAACCACAGACCAAAGCCUCUGAAAUUGAACCGGGAGCCCGGACCUUUAUAAGGCCAAGCGCUGGGCGCUCUCAGCAGCGUCUGCUGUGGGUCCACCAGCCUCGCCAUGAGGAUCCGGUUCCUCCUCCUCGCGUUCCUCUUGGUGUUCCUGCUGCCUCCUCCAGUUUUUCCUAAAUAUAUCAGCAAUCCUGUCAGCUGCGUCAGGAAUGGAGGAUUGUGUAAGGCUGCCUGCCGUGGACAUCUGAAGAAGAUCGGCACCUGCGGCAUAUCAGGGCCCAAAUGCUGUCGGGUAAAGUGAGGAGGCCCAGAGACCACAGCAACAGAAGUGGACCAGACCUCUUCCAACCCCAGCCACAUUAAAGCAUGUGUUCAGAA